AUGCAUCUCAAAACAGAGGAAUCAUCGGGUUCCAGUGAAACAGCUGAUGAUGUGGACUCCACUUCGAGUGGCAGUAGUGCCAGCAAGCCUAAAAUUGCGAACCCUAAAACGGUAAUGGCGCCGUCUCAACUGUUGGCCAUCUCAUCAACGCAGCCACCUCCUCCACCACCUCCAGCACCACUUAAUCCACCACCGCCACCAUCGCCAGCACCAUCAACCCAGCAACCAGCACUUGUUCUGGUGACAACUUUGCCACCUUCACCACCACCAAUUGAAAGUGGUCCUGCCAGUGCACUGCCAAAGAAAGUUUCACCAGGCAAAGCUAAAAAGCCUCGAACUCCUCAAUCCAAACCGCCUAAAAUGAUUGCGGUGACUGCCACCACCACCGUUAGCAAAACUCCGGUUCCAGCCACUCCGGCUACUUUUUCCAAAAGUCCAGCGCCAUUUUUGAUUACCCAACAGCUGUCCCAGCCUUUGUCCUCGCAGUCCGCCAGUCCACUGCUGUCAAAAACGCCCAAAAAAAGCUCUAGAAAAAAGAAAACUGGUGGUAAUGGUGGUCUGUUGCCACCUCCACCACCACCUUCAUCUCUGGCUGAACAGCCGAAAGCAUCAAGACCGAUCUCUCUUCGCCCACCACCACCAAAAUCAAAGACAACAACCGAAGCAUCUCCCUCAUCCCAAUUACCCUCCAUUUUUGGCUCAUCAGGUGGACGACCAGGCGAGAAGAGUCUGAAGUCAGAUGGGUCAAUGAGCAGCUCCGACUCUUCGCGCAGCUUUUUCUCGGAGAACACCAGCAACUCCUCAAGACAAAGCACGGACAGCGCCAAACUUCCACAACUGCCCGAGUCGACGAGACUGGCGGUGGGCGUCAAGGUGGCGGCCACGUUGCCCUCUCCAGCUUCUUCAGCUGCUUCAGCCAAGUCGACAAAAGAGAAGCCAAAGCUUCAGCUACCGGAAAUGAAGUCGACGGCAGCUGUUGCUACAGCCAGUAAACCAAGUUCCCAAGUAGAGCCUUUCAAAGGACCAAUUCUGCCAGCAGCUGUGGAAAAGCGGUCUGAUAAGCUGCCCUCAACGGUAUUGCCCGCCAUGUCGGACAAUGCUCCGACGGUGCGGCGGUCGGUUCGGGUGAAGGUGAAGGCAAAGCUUCCAGCCGGCAUCAAGGUGGUCGCCAUUGAUGAGGGUGGCAGAAGUACGCAUCAGGAGAACUCUACUUCAAAGUCAUCAACUCUGGACAGUGCUGGCUCUAGCAAAAUGGCCAGCAUCGAGAAGACGGAGAAGAGCGGAGGCAGCGUGCUCAGUGUGGCCUCCAAGGUGGAGAAGAGUGCUGCUGAUCAGCCGAAGACGACCAAGAUGACUGAGAAGGGAAAGGAGUAA